AUGACAGGCGCUUGGGGCCGUGUAUGGAGUACUAUGCAAGCGCGUACGCGCCAGAGCCCGACGCUAUGGUUCGGCGUGCCGUUUGUCGUUUCGAUUGUUGGUGGGUCGUUCGUACUGGCACAGUUCACACAGUUGCGGUACACACAUCACGACUCGCGCAUUCGCACACUCUCGCAAGAAGAAAAACUGCAUCUCAAGGCGGACCGCAGACCCUUGGAUAUCCGGGAAGAAUACUUUAAACUGCAAAGUCAGGGCGAUCAAUGGGACGAGUGGGAGCCCAAACGAGUCGAACGCCCGACAGGUAUGCCAGAAUGGGGCGGCGUCCCUACACCAGCACCGGCAGGCCAUGAAGCGGUCGACGCGGACUUGAACUCAAACUCUGCAUCCUCGAUGCUGGCUCGGCGAGGAUGGGGCCGACGUCCGAUCGAGGCGGAAGAACGCCACUCCAAGGAUGAGGCAGAAACGAUGGCCGCGCCGCCACCCAACCCACGCAAGCCAACAGUAGUGCUAGGUCCGGAUGGCAAGCCAUGCCGUGCCUGCAAUACCAAGCUGGCCUUCGGCGCAGCGCUACGCAAUGCCCAGGCCCAACCGUCCACGCCAACGAAACCGGCAGCCAAGACCGCGGCCGAGCCAUGCCCACCCGAUGUAGAAGAACUGGGCCAUUCGACCUGGACAUUCCUGCAUUCAGCAGCGGCGUACUACCCAGACGAGCCCAGCACGUUGCAGCAGUCAUCGAUGCGAGCGCUGCUGGAUGCGCUGCCGCACGUGUACCCAUGCUAUGCGUGUGCGGAAGAGCUGCAAGACGCGUACCAAACCUCGGCGUUCAACGAUGAAGCCCGAGCAAAGGCGGUGCGGGGGGGCGACAGCUUGCGUCAGUGGCUAUGUGAGCUGCACAAUGGCGUGAAUGUGCGACUUGGCAAGCCGGAAUGGGAUUGCAGUGAUACCGAACGGCUUCGGCAUCGGUGGUACGAACCAGCCGACGAUGCCGACUGCUAA